AUGAAACGAAAUGAUGAAAAGUCAGUACAAUUGAGGAAAAAAAGCAAGCGUGAGGAAGUUGGAAAAGUAGCAGAAUCUGAAGAAGUAUCUCAGUCUAGCAGUUCCGAACAACCUAUGAUGGCUUCAGCAGUUGAUACAUCCAGUUCCUCACAAGAUAAACCACAAUCACCAUUUGAUUCUCAAUUCAUGAAAAUGGCCUGCAUCGUUGUAUUUGAAGUCGAUCCGGAAGCCAAUAUGGCCAAUUUCAUAGCUAAAGAUAGUAUUAAAGUUGACAGAGCUGAUCAUUGCGCGUACCUCUGCUACCGAGACGCCUGCAGCGCAGCCAUCUUUACGCCAGCAACUGCUCCUGGUAGCAAAGGUACCUGCGAAAGACGAUUUGAUAUUGCGGAGAAGUGUAACGCCACGCUGAAUAGGGAUUACUACUACAAGACUACCAAGCCUAUUCACUUGCAAUGUUUUAGAUGCCUUCCCGAGAAACCACAAACGAAACCAUCACUUGAAGCAAUUACCCCACAGCCGGAAACAUCGCUUGUCACACAGAAGAAGCAUUCAUCUGAAACAACAACUGUAGUUCAAACUGAAGAGAGUGAUGGGUUGGUUAAAACCACAUUGAUGCAUGAUGUGGAACUGAAAAUGGCUGAAAUGGAACCGGAAGAAAUCGAAGAGAAAGAAAAGGAUGUGGGAAUUACUGCAUUUGACGUUAUCAAUAAAGACAUAGAGAUGAGUACUGUCGUCGAAGAAAGUAAGGACAAAUUUAUACAGGCAGAGGAUACUAAUUCGGUGGAGACCACUCAAGCACUCAUAACAUUCAUUGGAAAUGAGCAAACACAAGCAUCCAUUGAAAAUAUUAUAUUUGGACCGGACGUUGAAACUGAAACAUUCACAAAAGUAAUUUCGACUAGUACUGAAGACAUAGAAAUAACGACAAGCGAGUCAGCCAUUGGGUUAUUGACCAGCGACUCGACAUUUGAAAGUCAUUCAGCAACUCUUAAAACUGAAUCCGUUUUAUCUACCAAUCAUGUAACUGGAGUUGGAGCACAAACUACUUUCGAGCAUGGAUCAAUAGGUGCAGCGGGGUCAAAAAUACAAGCACUCGAAUCCGUACACCAAUCCAGUCCAAAAAGUGAAGAAUUUACUUCGGCUACUACAGAAGAAUCUAGUGCUUGGCAAAAGGUAACAUCAGAAGCAAGAGCAAGUGACGAUACAUUGCAGCGUGAACAUGAAGCUGAAAUAGGAUAUGACACAACAGAACUUACGCGAGCAGAUGGUACAGGAAGUAAAGUUGGGGAAGCAAUGACAACACCUACGAUAGGGACCAUCGAGAAAGGUGAAAGCGAAGUCGAAGAAUUCAGUAGCAGUGUAAUAAUGUUAAGUUCCACAGGUGUUGGAAUUGAUGAAUUCAGCGUAAAACCAAAUGUAAGCUCGAUAAAAGCCAAAUUAAGCAAAGGAACGGAAGCAACGCGGAUAUUCAGUGAGAUAAAGCAGGCUACAUCUGAAGGUCACACCGAAGCAAUUUAUACUGGUGGAAGCACAGAAGCAAAGUCAUCAUAUCCCGAAGAACAAGAUGAAGCAACAGCAUCUUCAGAUUUAUCCACCGCUUCAUAUAAGUCCAUAUCUGCUAUCUCUAAACAAAAGAAAAAAACUGAUGGAUUACCAUCAAGAGAUGUCACCGAAGCUCACAUAUAUCUCCAAGGAUGUAUCGUAACUUUCCAAGCGGAUCCGCAUAGUAAACGUCCCGCGGAAUCUCCCGCUGGCUUCCAAGCCUCAACAAUUGCUCAAACUGUAGAAGUUUGUGCUGGAAGAUGUUACCAGGAUGGUUGCACUGGUGCCAAGUACGAUCCGUUGAGCAAAGAAUGCAUCCUAAGCUAUAGCGGCAAACAAAUUUGCAAUAACGGACCAGAGCAUUUUUUUUAUCAAGCCAAUGAAACCACUUGGAUUCAUUGUACCGGAUGUCGUAUGUUCAUUUUGAUGAGUGACACAGCGACAUUGUUUUCUACAGAGGUACCAGAAGUUAAAUCAAUCAAAUCAGACGAAACUCCAAUGACAGAAUCAGGAGUAGCGUCGGAAACGAGUACGCAAGAAGAUGAAAAAAGUACGGAACAAGCAAUAGAAAAAGUAAUGACUGAAACUUUAUUAUCAUCAUCAUCAUCAUCAACAGCAACAGCAGUAGUAGAAGAAAUUUCAACAGAAACAGCAAAAGUUUCAAGAGCAACAGAGGAAGCAACUUUCGUGAACACUUUGGAAAAGAAAACAGGAAUACCGGAAGUGCAGCUAAGCAUUGACACCAUUCCGACAUCAGCUGCUGCUAUAAAGGGCGAGGAAUUAGUGAGUAAGGAAGAAAUACCGAUCACCGCUGCACCGCUCCAAACAACCCUCUUUGGACAUGAUUGUAGCGUUUUAUUCCAAGCUAGACCCAUCGACGGCCAUCCCAAAGAGCUUAUCACCGAAUUGAUUCCAGUAGGUGCAACACCCACAGUAAAAGAGUGCGCUAAACGUUGUUAUAUGGAUGGAUGCACAGGUGCAAAAUUUGAUCCGGUAAACCUGGAGUGUUUAUUAACAUUUGAAGAUUAUCAUCAAUGUGACGAAAAUGAGCAACAACACCAUUCAUUGGAGGCUACCGAAACGUUGUGGAUUCACUGUAUUAGUUGCAAGAAGGAAUUCACCGAAAGCACUUUAGGCUUAUUGGUUCAAGAUGCAACUACUUUGCCAGCAACUGAUGAAGGUUCUUUAGCUUCGGAACCUACAAAAGUUGAAGAAAAUUUUCUGACAAGUGUAAGUCCGGAUAUAAAACUGGAAUGGACAGAAGAAGUAGAAUCAGCAUUUGCAAGUGAUUCGGGUAAGACAGCCGACAAAUCAGCUGAUGUGCUGCCUGAACCAUCGGUGGGACUAAAAAGCACUAUAAAGGAAGGUGAAGAAAUACUUUUUGCAAGACCACCAUCCUUUGGAAAUGAAAGUAUAUUCCAAGUGGAAACCAAAGAACAAGAAGUUAGAAGUGAAGAAUCUGGAGAAGAAUCCAGUUCCGCUUCUACUGUUGUAGCUGUAGAAGAAGAAGAAGAGAUUUCAAGAUCACCAACAUUAAAAUCAUCAGUGGAGUUGUCUACAAAACACUUAGAAAUGGAAACAACUUCAACCGCGGCUGACGUCAUGGAAACAUUCAUUGAAACAAGCGGUGAUGAAUUAGAAACUAUAGUUCAACCUGAUAUUUUGAUUUCAUCGACUUUACAAACACCAUUGAACGUUCCCACUGAUAGUUCGGAACUAUCAAAUAUUAGUGGAGAAAUUUCUGAAAGUAGCGUCGCUUCUUCUGUUGUUGAGAAUUCAACCACCAUUCCUCAAACAAGCACAAUUGAAUCUGGCGAACGGAAGGACCAGAAGAAAGCUACUGUCGAAUUUCAAGAAGAAGCUGAACCGACAGCUAUUUCAGCAGAAAUCACCGUUAUGCCAACAUCUAUUAAUGGAAUAACGGAUGAUAUCGUUGGAGCUGUAGCCAGCAUUGUUGCAAACAUCUCAAGUAAUGUGCCGAAAACUGAUAUGAAAGAAAUGACCCGUAUGCUAGAAGGUUCGAGUACAAAAACUAAGGGAACUGUGCCAUUCGUUGCACUUAAGACAACCGUAGAAUCACGCACUGAAGCAACUUCUGCUAGUAUUGACGGAACAUUCCACACAGAUAUUACUUCAUCGAUUAUAGAAGAAACUGCAUCAAUAAAAUCAGAUGCUGGAGUAACGCCUGAGAAAGUAGGCGACGUUCCAUUAUCAGAUAUGACUAAAGCAACAACCGCUGAAGUAGUUGGCGAAGUAAUGUCUGUCGCAGAAGAAACAAGCACUUCCAUAAGUAUCGAAGAAAAUACUGAAGCAACAUUAGGACUUCUAGAAAAAACAUCUGAUGGAGUUUUGUUCUCCAAACCAGUUCCAAAUUCAAUAAUGAAGCAGCCAUUUGUGCAAGAGAAUGUCGGUGACAUCAUCAAAAAGAUUGCUCAGACAAAAGAUAUUUUCGUGACUGAUAUUAAGACAGUGGUGGCAGAUGCAGCAGUUAAGGAAGAAGUGGUUGAGAAAUUGGAAGAAGAAAGUCAAGUUGUAAGUGAAGCAAUCAAGGAUUCAGCGAGUGUCGCUAAUAAGUUAGGAAAUGGAGGUGAACUUAUGACGACAGAACCGCCCGUGCAAGCGGUCUCAGAUUUGAUCAGUGUUUUGAGUCAUAAUACGAAAAUUGAAGAAGUGAUUGGACGCAAGGAAAAAGAAAACGAUGCGUUUGUCGUUGAUGAUGUGCCCGUAACAAAAGAUGUUGAUGAGCGAAUGAUGACGGCAGGUGUUGUAAUCAAUAAACUCCAAAAAGAUAUCGCCAAAAAUUCUCUCCAAAACAUCGCUAAAAUAAAACCUUUUGAGGGAACACCUACUGAAUGUCUCGGCCGAAUUGAAUUCGAAAUAUUGGCAAUAGAAGAUCUCUCACAGCUAAAUAUCACCAAUGAGACUGCUGUAGAAUCACCAGCUGCAUGUGCGAUGAAAUGCUACAAAGCUGUAAACUGUCUUCUCGCAAUAUAUAAGGAAAGCCAAAAUGAUGAAUCAACAAGUGCAGUAUGUAUGCUGACAAGUAAUUCUGCUAUUUGCUCAUCAGAGAAGAAAUUCAUACCGCAGCACAAGUCCGACCUAUCACCAAUCAUCAUCAGCUGUUUAAAAUGCACCAAAUGCAAUUAUGUCAUCAGCACGAUGACGGAAUUAACGAGGAUACAGCAGGGAGAGACAGUGGAGCCAGCACUUUCAAUCGGACAAUGCGGUGAGAUAUGCUGGAAACAUAACUGUACCGUCGCUCAGUAUGAUCAUAAAUCGAACCUCUGCUUAUUAACAUCAAUGAAAAAUCAGCAGGAUUGUUCUCAAGAGACACCAAUAGUAGUAAACGGAGAUGAACCGGUUUUACUGGAAUGCGUCCGCUGUUUCACUUAAUCUAUGACAAUUUAAGCUACUGUAUGUUAAAGCAUAGCAAAUUCUUCAUAUUCUCAUCAAUGUUCCUGCCUUCAAUAUAUCAUAUUCAGUGUUUCCC